UGAAAGGCGAUGGAAAUUGUUUGUUUCGUUGCGUGGCUCUUGCACUUCAAGGCACUCAGAACACUCAUCAAGAGUUCAGACUCAUGUGUGCCAAUGUCAUCUAAGAGAAUCAGGCCAUAUUCAAAGAGAAGAUACAUCAAGGAAUGCUCAAAUAAUAUGAUGCAUCCAAAGAAGUCUUUCAACAGUAUAUUGAACAAGUGCAAAACGGAGAAAUUAUGGGUGGAUUAAUAGAAUUAUAGGCACUCUCACUGGGAUUAAAUGUAUAAUUCAAUGUCGAAGGAAUUGGUAAUAAAUUGCUGGAUAUUGGGUUGUCUCAUAAUCCAAAGAAAGAAAUACAGUUAUGUAGAAUCAAGAAUGAUAAAUACAAAGACGGCCAUUAUAUGUUCAAGAAAAUACAUAAAAUCAAAAAGAAAAAAUGAGUAUUAAUUAUAUAUUAAUAAAUAUAUGGGUAAUAAUUGCACUGGUUAAUGUGCAGGCUGUUACAAAAGGGAUAUUGAAAUAAUAGUAAUCCUCUUCAAUUCUAUAUUAGAAAAGCGAGUAACAUCAAAUAUUAUCAGAAAAACCUUAUGAAACUUUAAGCAGAAAAAGUUCUAAAAAUGUUGUAUAAGAUGCUAUCCCCUUGGAUAGUAAAUAUGAGAUCAAUAUUAAACCCAUCACUAAAAGUGUUGUGGAUAUUGUUGGGGACAAAUCAAGGAAAACUAAGGCUGUUAUUAAAAUUUAAUCUUAUUGGAAGGGAUAUUCAGUUAGGAAAAAACUUCCUUAUAGGAUCAAUAUCAAAACUAGUGUUGAAACUGAAGGAAGUAGAACAACUGGCAGUUACUUUGAAAGAUUAUGCAACGAAUCAAAUUUAAAAAGGUAUAAUCACAUCCAAGAAUUUAAGAUUAGUGAAAAUGUACAAUGGUUAAUGGCUGGGUAAAGAGAGACAUGGAAAGGGAAUACAAACUUGGCCAGAUGGAGCCCUAUAUGAUGGUGAAUGGUAACAUAAUAAGGCUUAUGGUAAAGGAAUAUUUAGACAUGCUGAUAAAAUUGAAUAUGAAGGAGAAUGGAAAUAAAGCAAAGCAUGUGGUUAUGGCAUAAUGAGAUCCCAGAAUGGAGCAUAUUAUGAAGGAGAAUGGGAAGAGGAUCUUUAGCAUGGGUAUGGCAAAGAAUAGUGGGCUGAUGGUUCCUUGUAUGAAGGCCAAUAUUAUAAAGGCUUAAAGCAUGGAAAAGGCAAAUAUAUUUGGAAGGAUAAAAGUUAUUAUGAAGGAGAGUGGCAGAAUAAUAAAAUUCAUGGAUUGGGAGCUUAUCAUUGGAUUGAUGGGAGAGGUUAUAUAGGAUAAUGGAAGAAUGGAAUGAUGAAUGGACAUGGAGAAUAUAGUUGGAGUGAUGGUAGAAAGUAUGUUGGAGAAUAUCUAAAUGAUCAAAAGCAUGGAUAUGGGGAAUAUAAGUGGGUAGAUGGUAAGGAGUUUAGAGGAACGUGGGAAAAGGGUGUUUAGCAUGGAGAAGGGGUUUAUGUGACAAUUGAUGGUAGAACUAAGAGAGGAAUGUGGUAGGAAGGCAAGUUAGUUUAAUGGUUGAAAUGAU